AUGGGAGGAUCUAGGCGGCCCCUAGGCGGUGUGGGCGGAGCUAGGCGGCCGCUAGGCGGUCUGGGCGGAUCUAGGCGGCCGCUAGGCGGUCUGGGCGGAUCUAGGCGGCCUGCGCAGGUCUGCGUUGGUGUUGAGGUCUGCUGCCAGAAGUGCCAUGUGAAGAACAAGGAUAUUAGGAAGUUUCUUGAUGGGAUUUUUGUGAGUGAGAAGAAGAUGAUCCCAAUUAGUCCAAGAAAGUUUCAUAUCCGUAUCAAUGGAGGGUUGCUCUUAUUACUUGGCAAUGGUACUGGUUCAGCUCAUAUAUGGUGGAUCAAACAUCCUCAUAAAAUUCUCCCUUGCAGAAGGACUCAAUCCAAUUGUCUUCGUCGUUUACCGCGGCAUGUUAUGGCCAUGGUUUUGGUAGGACCAUUUGCUUAUGUACUUGAAAGGAGGAAACAAAGGCCUUCACUCUCAUUUUCUGUAGCUGCCAAAAUUUUUGUGCUUGCCUUGUUUGGAACCACCAUCUAUCUGAAUGUGUACUAUGCUGGUUUAGCAUACACUUCUCCAACAGUUGCAUGUGCCUUGAGUAAUGUUAUUCCCAGCUUGACAUUUCUAAUGGCAGUUCUACUUGGGUUGGAGAAGUUGAAGAUUAGAACUGCUAGAGGUCAAGCUAAGGUGGCUGGCACACUUUUCUGCAUUGGUGGUUCUCUUGUUUUCACUUUCUGGAAAGGAGGAUACCUAUUUAAAGGCUGUGGUCUCCAAAGUCUACACUGCUCGAUUAUCGCUAACCACGAUGAUAUGCUUUUUCGCGUCGUUGCAAUCUUCUUUUCUUGA